AAAUGUGUAGAUUCUUCCAAAAAAAUAAAAAGAUUUUCCUCUUUACAAAUGUGCAAAGGUUCAUUAUUACCUUUGAUGCAUAUUGUUUUUUUUUUUAUUGAGAAGUCUGCUUAUACUUCAGGCUUUCUUCAUCAACAAAUGUUAACCUAUGAAAUACUUUAAAAUAUACAGCAAUGGUAAUGUCAUCCUGAAAUUAAGAGAAAGGAGAAAAUAAGCUGCUUGGUAUUAACAAGAUGAUUUGUAGAAAGAUAGAAUUCUAACAUUUUUACAAAACAAAUAUUUUGUUCCCUAAUGAGCUUCAAAAGCUAAAAUUGAGCUACUCUGUAAGCAUGUUAUUCAUGAUUACAUGAUGGACUAAUUAAAAAGUCUUUGAUAAAGAUGGUAAAUGAUGGGCCCAGCACUACCUAAGAUGGUGUUGUCUCUUUGCAGCGGCUGGCCUCUGUCUUUGCUGCUGGAGGUGCAGGUCUGGGCGGAAUAGGGCCCGUAGGAGGGAUGAGCGAGGCAGAACGUUUGGCGUGGGCUCGCAGUCUGGGAAGCGGGCAGACAUGGAUCUGCCCAGUGUGUCACAAACAGUUUGGCAUGCGUUACUACUAUGAGCGUCACCUAAAAUGUCACCAGGCACAGAAGGACCACCAGUGCCCCUACUGUCCGUUCCGUGCCUCUUAUAAAUGGAACUUGAAGUCGCAUGUUCGUAACAAGCACCGUGAUAAGCCACCUCCACCCUCUCUUAUGCUUUAUUUUGAUGGCUUGCUGCCCCUUCACCUGCGUGAGUACCGUGUGGGCAUCCCUGACUCUCAGUACCGCUGCUGCUGGUGCGGUAAGACUUCAACUUCUCGGUAUGACUAUGAUAAACAUGUACGCACUCACACUGGAGAGAAACCCUUCAUGCUACUUGGAAGCAUGAACUGGAAGAUGUCAGUGGACCUAUUUCUCUGUGCUAACCAAGUCCUUUACUACUGUGGAAUACAAGUGUUCUUGGAUUAUCCUAAUGCUGAAGGGGAUAUAUGUUAUAAUAUAUUGGCUUGUGGUGCAACAGUCACUGCUCACUGGAGAUUAGGGGAGGCGCGAACCAGAUGUUUAUGGUUGAGGGUCUUGAAGUGCUGCCGUGCCCCCUGUGUGGCAGGCUUCUACACACACGUGCAAGGUACAGAAGUCAUCUUGAAUAUUGUCGGCGAGCAGCUAAUCCCCAGUUCACCUGCCACGUCUGCCACAAAGCUUUUGCAUAUCGGCUCAGUGGCAGGUGCAGGAAUGGCUCACUACCGUAAUCGUCAGAACUCUAAUGACUUCGGGGGAUUAGAGCAUUCUAUAUCAAUAUACGGGGAUGAACGCCUACCUAGCCAUGUAAAGCCAGCAUGGAAAGGAGCAAGUUACAAUAUUAAUCCAGAGUCAUAUAGCCAAAUGGUAUUAGGUGGAGGUCAGCAGGAGUGCCAUGUGGGAGGGGGAAAUGAAUUAGUGUGUCCAGUUUGUUUAAAAGUCCUGCUUAAUGAAAGAAGCUAUAAGAGACAUUUAGAUUACCACCGCCAGGCAUUAAAUCCAAAACACCACUGCAAUCAUUGUGGAAAGCGAUUCACUUUUGCUGCUGAUCUGCAGAAACAUUUACGGACUCACACAGGAGAGAAGCCAUUUAAAUGUAAUCGAUGUCCUUACAGGACAGGGGACAGAAGCCAUUUGGCUCGACAUGUGAGAGCUCCCCAUCCAGGCGAUGAGACCCACAGUAUAUUGCAAAGUGAAACUUCAGAAUUAGUUUUGGUUGAGACUGAUCAGUCAGUUCAACAGACACAGGACCAAUCUCAAGUUUUUCAGUAGGUUUUUGAAUGGAGAAAGAUAAAAAACACUGGUCAGUGUUUUAUAGUAAUCAUAAUGUAUGAAGUUUGUCAAUUCUUUUUAUUUUUUAAACCCUUAUUUUCUAUUUGCAAUUUUUUUUUUUUUUAUGUCUGUUGUUUCAUACAUUUUUUUUAUUAUUAUUAAUGUAAGACUUAUCUUUAUGAAUCACUGUUUGAAUCUGUGAAUGCAUUUUUCAGACAGAAUGAUAAAAAUCUGUAUCAGAAGUGCAUUAGGCAUAAUGUUCUAUAUUGUAAUAAAAUUUUUAAACAUU